CCAGCAAGAUGGCUCAUUUAGCCAGACAUAAGUGGCCAAUACUUUUGUUAAUUUCAGUCCAUUUCUUGAUCAUGCUUCCUAGGAUUCAUGCUGAUACCGAUAGAAAUGCUCUUCUCUGCCUCAAAUCCCAACUCUCUGAUCCCUCAGGGGCAUUAGCUUCCUGGAGAAAUGACUCUUCCACAUUCUGCAGUUGGCAUGGUGUGACAUGUAGCAGACAGAAUGCAUCUCAAGUUAUCUCACUAGACCUUGAGUCACUGAGCCUCACUGGCCAGAUAUUUCCUUGCAUUGCUCAGCUCAGUUUCCUGUCCAGAAUUCACAUGCCAAAUAACCAACUGAAUGGAUACAUCUCUCCUGACAUUGAUCUUUUAACUAGACUUAGAUACCUCAACCUUAGCAUGAACUCCCUAAAUGGUGUCAUCCCGUCCACCAUAUCGUCAUGCUCUCGCCUCGAGAUCAUCAGCCUACAGAGCAACUCCCUCCAAGGUGAGAUCCCACAAAGCCUUUCUCAAUGUUCGUUUCUUCAGCAAAUUGAUCUGGGCAGCAACAAUCUUCAAGGAAGCAUUCCAUCCUGGUUUGGUUUGCUUCCCAACCUGUCUGUCAUAUUACUCUCCAGCAACAAACUAACUGGCACAAUUCCUGAACUUUUGGGGAUCAGCAAGUCCAUAACACAGGUGAAUCUAAAAAACAAUAGCAUCAGUGGAGAAAUUCCUCAUGUUCUAUUCAAUAGCACUACACUUUCUUACAUAGAUCUCUCACACAAUAAUCUUUCUGGGUCUAUCCCACCUUUCUCUCAAACCUCCUUGCCCCUGCAAUUCCUUGGUCUCACUGAAAACAAUCUGUCAGGAGAGAUUCCUGACUCUAUUGGAAACAUCUCUUCCCUAACAUUCCUCCUCCUUUCUCAAAAUAACCUGCAAGGAAAUAUUCCAGAUAGCUUGAGUAAAAUUGCCAAUUUGCGUGUCUUAAACAUGAAAUAUAAUAACUUAGUAGGUGUUGUUCCUCCAUCACUGUUUAAUGUCUCAUCUCUGGCUAAUCUUAGCCUCAGCAAUAACCAGCUUGUAGGGACAAUUCCUUCCAACAUUGGUAAUACACUUCCAAAUAUCACAGAAUUCAUAAUUGGAGGGAACCAAUUUGAAGGCCAAAUCCCUACUUCGUUCUCCAAUGCGUCAAACCUCCAAAUUCUUGAUAUUCGAAGUAAUUUGUUCACAGGUCAAAUUCCUUCACUAGGACUCUCGUCAAAGUUGAACAUGCUAAACUUGGGUACAAAUAGCCUUCAAGUAGGAGACUGGGCAUUCUUGUCCUCUCUCACAAACUGUACACAAUUAAAGUCCUUAUCGUUGGAUUUCAAUGGCUUUGAGGGUAAAAUACCUAAUUCUAUUGGAAACCUUUCAAAAAGCUUAGAGAAACUUCACUUAAUGGAAAAUCAAUUGACUGGCGAUAUACCUUUAGAGAUAGGAAAGCUCACUGGCCUCACUGUCCUUACAUUGGGAAUGAAUAGACUCACAGGACAUAUUCCAGACACGCUUGGGAAUCUUAAAAACCUAUUUCUCCUAGCCUUAUCUAAGAACAGACUUUCUGGAGAAAUUCCACAAUCAAUAGGAAAACUAGAGAACCUUACAAAUCUUUAUUUAAGAGAAAAUGAAUUAACCGGUCGCAUUCCUGCUCGUUUAGCUGGUUGCAAAAAUCUUGUUGAGCUAAACCUUUCUUCUAACAAGUUCUAUGGAAGCAUUCCACAGGAACUUUUUACCAUUUCCACACUUUCUAUUAGCUUAGAUCUGUCAUAUAACCAACUCACAGGGAACAUACCAUCAGAGAUAGGUAAUUUGAUCAACCUAAAUGCACUUAGUCUGUCAAACAACCAAUUAUCUGGUGAGAUUCCUUCGACCCUUGGUGAUUGCCUUCUUUUGGAAUCAUUGCAUUUAGAUGCAAAUUUUUUGCAAGGAAGCAUCCCAAGAUCUCUCAUCAACUUAAGAGGCAUCAUCGAGAUCGAUCUUUCCCAAAACAACCUGUCUGGAGAAAUUCCAGAAUUUUUAGGAUCAUUCAGCACUUUAAAGAUUCUCAAUCUAUCAUUCAAUGACCUGAAUGGGGAAGUUCCUAAAGGAGGUGUGUUCGACAACUCAAGUGCUCUGUUCGUCCAAGGAAACAAGUUGUGUGCAGGUUCUCCAAUGUUACAUUUACCACUUUGUGUGGAAUCUCCAUCUAAAAGGAAGAAGAUGGUGUAUAUUUUGGCUAUCCUUGUUCCAGUUACUACAAUUGUUCUGAUCACAUUGGCAUGUGCUGCGGUUAUUCUUUUGAAGAAGAGACAAAAGGUUGCAAGACCCAUUGAACAAUCACUGAAGCAGUUCAAAAGUUUCUCAUAUCAUGAUUUAUUUAAAGCAACAGAUGGUUUCUCCACAGAAAAUAUUAUUGGUUCAGGGAGAUUCGGACUUGUGUACAGAGGUUAUAUUGAGUCUGAUGUAUGCACAGUUGCUAUUAAGGUAUUCUUGCUUGACCAAAUUGGGGCUCCAAAUAAUUUCAUUGCUGAAUGCGAGGCAUUGAGAAACAUCCGGCAUCGUAAUCUUAUAAAAGUGAUUAGCCUAUGUUCAACAUUUGAUCCAACUGGAAAUGAAUUUAAAGCACUUGUUCUUGAGCACAUGGCAAAUGGAAACCUAGAAAGCUGGCUACAUCCAAAACCAUACAAACAAAUUCUGAAAGAAUCAAUGAGUUUAGCCUCAAGAAUAUCAGUAGCCGUAGAUAUAGCUGCCGCAUUAGAAUAUCUUCAUAAACGAUGUAGUCCUCCAUUAGUUCAUUGUGACCUUAAACCAAGCAAUGUCCUUUUAAAUGAUGACAUGGUUGCUCAUGUCAGUGACUUUGGUCUUGCAAAGUUUCUUUGUAAUGACUCCUCAAGGAUGAGUAUUACUUCAGAUAGCAUUGCUGGACCAAGAGGAUCAGUCGGCUAUAUUGCACCAGAAUAUGCCCUAGGGUGCAAAAUCUCAUUUGAGGGUGACAUCUACAGCUAUGGAAUUAUUCUUCUAGAGAUGAUCACAGGAAAGUAUCCCACUGCUGAGGUCUUUAAAGAUGGCAUGAACCUUCACAAAAUGGUUGAGUCAGCACUUCCACACAAAAUUGGUGAGAUUUUGGAACCCAGCCUUACCAAAGAGUAUUUGGGUGAAGACACAAAUCAUGAAUUGGUAGAAAUGCAAAGGUGUGUCAUGCAAUUGGCUUUACUUGGUCUUAGAUGCAGUGUGUCAUCGCCCAAGCAUAGGCCAAAGAUAGAGGAUGUUUAUAAGGAAAUCAUCACCAUCCAAAACAUGUUUUCAGCACUGCACUAUUAAGGAUUUAUUUUCAUGUAUGAAUAUUACAGAAGUGACCUGCUGCGUCCUGCUAUACUAAGAGUUGCAUUUUAGAAGUCAUCAGUAUGGUUCAAUGUUCAAAUAAAAUUAUAAUCAAGACACGGAGUUUGCACAUUUAUACUUCGGCAAUCUAUAGCAAGUAGUCUCUAAUGUACUACAAAAACGAUAGAUGCUUCCAUCGUCUGUUGCUACUUAAGUCACGCACUAUAGCCCUUCACGAUUUUGUCUGUGAGAAAACAUCGUUGUGUGCUUGGUAUACAUACAUCAGCAGCGUCUGUCAAUGUUCACUCGCUGGAACCAAGGGACGUGACGUGUAUGCCUUCGUCCGCUAGAAGCAAGACUAAACAAGGACUAUGGUGGUCAGUGGGUAGAAUGGGAUCAGGAAUCAGUGGAUUUUUUAAAUUGUUUUGGUCUUUUAGCCAGGUAGCUUACUAAUUCCAGCCCAUGAGGGAGAGGAGCAAGAUGGCUGUUUCCACGCUGGACACACAUUCAGAAUCUCCUUAAUGAAAAUUACUUUCAGGAUUCUUUUUCCUCGAAAAUGGUCAAACAGUUGAUAAUAGAACCAGGUGCUUUGUACAUAAU